AUGAAGCUGGAAUUUGAUGACCAUAAGCACAGUGCCUUCAUAUUACAGGCUCUCAAUACCCAAAGACAGAAGAAGGAGUGCUGUGAUGUUGUCAUCAACGUGGGUUCCCAUUCAUUCUCCGCCCACCAAAACAUUCUCACUGCAGUCAGUCCCUACGUCAAGGACUUAAUCUACAGUUGCAAUAUCCAACCAUCAGAUGAGUUGUCCGUUACUAUUGACAUCGACUACAUGAGCCCAGUAUCAGUGGAACAACUGCUGGAAUAUUUCUACACGGGUAAGAUCAUCAUUGCUGACAAAAAUGUGGAGGAUCUGCUCAAAGGAGCCAAGUACUUCAUGAUAAAGCGACUCAAGUCCCAUUGUGUAGAAUACCUAGAGCUUGUCCUUGACAAACAAAACUACAUGUACACCCUUAUGCUGGCUGAGACCUACGAUUUACCUGAUCUAGCAGCAACCGUGUACUUCUACCUGAAAGACGAAUUCUUCCAUUUGAGUGAGACAAAGGAAUUUGUGGAGUGCCCAUAUCACAUCUUACUGAGGCUAGUCAAGGAUGAAGACCUCCACACUGCCAACGAGGACCAGGUCCUGUUGACCAUACUAAGAUGGACUAACCACAACUUGGAGAACAGGAAGGGUAAUUUUCAGAAGCUGUUUUCCAACACUUACCUGAAUGGCGUCACUGACGGGCUGCUUUCAGAAGUCAGCAAUGAAGAGGCGUUGGUCAAGAACAACACUACCUGUGUGUGUGCAAUAGUGGAUGUGCUUAGUCACCGCAAACAGGAGAACAUUAACAGCCUCUCACAGUUCCAGAGGAAAGGAGCCCUGGUGGAUGUGGUUCUUGUCUUGGGGGGGCAAAGCAGUGAUGGUGGUUUUCGGAAUGCAGUCUAUGCUUAUAUCUUUGAUGAGAACAAAUGGAUUAAGGUUGCACACAUGCCUUAUCGAGCUGCUGCUUUAGGGGCUGUAUGCACAAGGAAAUACCUGUAUGUGACAGGAGGCACCAAUGAGCAAAAUGCCAGUCUGAAGUCAGCAUGGAGGUAUGACCUGGACAAAAGCACUUGGAACAAGCUGCCAGACCUUCCACUCGGGCUGGUCUUCCAUUCAAUGAUAGCGUGCAAUGGGAUAGUGUACACAGUUGGGGGCAGUGUGGCCCCCAGGAAGUACGUCUCCACCAUUUAUCGGUACGAUGAGAAAAAGGAGAAAUGGACCACUGUUGGAAGGAUGAGUGUCCCCAUGGACUGUGCUGAGGUUGUGACCAAAGGGGACAGAUAUAUCUACAUAGCAACUGGCAGGUGCAUGAUCAAUGAUAGGAUCUCCAGGGUUGGAGUCGUGGACUGUUUUGACACUAUAACAGGUGAGGUGAAGCAAAGCUUGACUUUCCCCAUUGAGUUCAAACACAGACCAGUAGUAUCCUUCCAAGGGGACACAACCCUCUCCGUGCAAAGCCACAAGCACACCAUCGAAGUGAACUUGCAGAAGUUCAAAGCCAACAAGGCAGCCAAUCGCAUCCCCUUGCUCCCCAACACCACUAAACUGGAAGUGUGUCAUGCCAUGGCCAUCAUUCGGAACAUGGUUUUCGUCUGUGGUGGGACCUCUGCCACUGAAGAUGGCAACACCAAGGAGUACGCUGUGAACAAAAGCGCUUUCCUAUUAGAGACCAAACUGGGAGUGUGGAAGGAGGUGGCGAAGCCCUUUGAAGCGCUGGAAAGUUCUGCGUGUUGCAAAGCCAAACUGCAAUGCAAGUUUAUCCAAAAGCCUGAAAAAUCCACUUCAAAAACAAGCUAG